AUUUAAUAGAGAUGAUAGCAAGAAUUAUUGGAUUAGUGAUCAAUAUUUUAAGUUAUCUACCUGUGUACAUAUACAACUUGUUGUACAGCAGAUUUUACACAAAGUAUAAUAAGAAAUAAUAAUUAGAUGGACUUAUGUAAUGAUGUGUGAUAGAUUGGAAAAAAAGAUGGCAAAUGUAAAAAGAAUUUUGGAUGUAGGAGUAGGUACAGGACAUCCUAUGAAAUAAAUCAUAAAAAGGAUUCCUUAAAGAAUUCAUGUAGUUGGGAUAGAUAUUGAUACUAAUUAUUUGCGGUAAAAUAAAAGAUUAAUAUAUAUAGAUAUGCUAGACAAACAUUCAAAUAAUAUGAUAAUGUUGAGAUUAGAGAAUAAAAUUUUUAUGAUUUAGAAAACUCAAAAGAAUAAUAUGAAGCUUUGAUCUUCUCUUCAUCUUUCAUGAUUAUGCCAGAUAGAAUAAGAGCAUUAAGAAUAGCAAAAUAGAGAUUGAGUAAGGGUGGUUCAAUCUUUUUUUUAUUGACUUUAGAGCCAUACAAAAACUAUAAAACAGUGAUAAUCGAAAAAAUUAAGCCUCAUUUAAAAUACAUUACAACAAUAGAUUUUGGAAGCAUUACUUAUGAAAAAGAUUUUGAACUCAUGCUCAGAGAUGAAGGAUUAAAGAUUAUAUCUAAAGAAAAAGUUGCUAAAUAUAGUGUAUUUUUAGCAUUAUUCAAUAUGUUUGUAAUAGAGGCAGAAAUAAUAUGA